GAACCAGCCCCUCGCACACCCCCCGCACGUGAACGAUCACGUGGUUCAAUGUUAUUGAAGCGUGUCUUUUCUAGUCUGGUGUGUUUCUUUGAGUGAGGAAAAUGCACGCUGUAAGGCGCAAAAGAACCUACGAAAUCGAGCCUGACCAUGGCCCUGCUAAGAAGCAUGAGGGCGAAUCAGAAAAGAAAGCUACCACGGUAGUGUUUUCCCUGAAUGAGGAGGUUGGCGCGUUGGCCAGAGCUUUGAAAUUAUUUGAGGAUCACCAUGUGAAUAUGACGCACAUUGAAUCCCGCCCGUCCAAGGCAUGCAAGACCCGCUAUGAUUUCUUCGCAGACUGUGAGGGGCUGCAUGGUGCUAGUCUGAAUCACUUUGUUGAUGCACUAAAGAAGAGAGCCGUCAAUAUUACUGUUCUAUCUGAUGAUAAGGGCUCAGGCUUAGGCCCAGAUGUGCCAUGGUUCCCCCGCAAGAUUUCUGAUCUGGACAAGUUUGCUGACAGAGUGCUGAGCUAUGGAGCUGAGCUAGACUCAGACCAUCCUGGCUUUACAGACCAAGUAUACAGAGCCAGACGAAAGGAGUUUGCUGACAUUGCCUUCAAGCACAAACACGGUGAAAUUAUUCCACAGGUCACUUAUACAGAUAUUGAGAUUGCAACCUGGGAUAAAGUGUUCACAGAGCUGACCAAGUUGUAUCCUACCCAUGCUUGCCGUGAACAUAACUUUGUCUGGCCAUUGCUAGUGCAAAAUUGUGGUUACAGACUUGGGAAUAUUCCUCAGCUUCAGGAUGUCUCAAUGUUUCUGAAAGAAUGCACUGGGUUCACUUUACGGCCUGUGGCUGGACUUCUGUCAUCCCGGGACUUCCUUGCGGGCCUGGCAUUCCGUGUGUUCCACAGUACUCAGUACAUCCGUCACCCAACCAAACCCAUGUACACCCCAGAGCCUGACGUUGUGCAUGAGCUAAUCGGUCAUGUGCCUCUGUUUGCUGAUCCAGAUUUCGCACAAUUUAGUCAGGAAAUUGGUCUUGCCUCCCUGGGAGCACCAGACGAGUGGGUGGAAAAACUCGCCACGCUCUACUGGUUCACUGUUGAGUUUGGGCUGUGUCGGCAGGAGGGCGAGGUGAAAGCGUACGGCGCUGGUCUAUUGUCCUCCUUUGGGGAGUUACAGUAUUGCUUGACCGAUGAGCCCAAGAAAUACCCUCUGGAGCCUGAAAAGACCAGUGUACAGAAGUACCCCAUCACGCAGUACCAGCCAGUCUACUUCAUUGCCGACAGUUUCUUGUCGGCCAGAAACAAAGUUAGGGAGUUCGCCACCCAGAUCCCUCGCCCGUUUAAUGUACGUUACAACCCCUAUACCCAGACCGUCGAAGUCCUGGACUCCAAAGAACGACUCAUCAAGCUUGUAAACGACAUCAAGUCUGACGUCACCACUCUGCAGGAUGCACUAAACAAGAUCGAGUAGAUAACGUUACAAACGUCACACAACGACAGGAGGGACUAGUGUCACCCUUGUAUGCCAAGCCACGGUAGCAGUGUUUAUUGUUAAAAACUCGUCGAUGGAAGUCUAAAACCCUGUUUUAUUACCAAGGAAUAGAACUUAAGCUUAUAAGCAAUGUAUUGCAAGGCCUUGUAGUUUUAUAACAGCAAGAAUUGUAGGAAGAAUUUUGUGCAAUAUAUGUAAAGGUAUUCUUAGGCAAGGGAAUAUGUGUUAAGGACUGUUUUGUUGUGAUUUUAGAAAACUAUCCCCCAUCCCUUUCCCUCCAUUGGUAAUGUAGUGAUAUCAAGAAAAAAUUCAUUAGGUAUUUAAGCUCUGUGUUAUUUAUAGACUGGAUUUUUCCCGACCUGUAGUAUCUUAAAGACCGGUAGUAUCUUAAGAUCUGUGGAUUAAACUUUUUAUUAAAAGAACCAUUAUCACC